AUGGUGGGCCUCGGCCGCUUCUCCCCGCGGCCCUACCUGGACCUCUGGGAGCGCCUGCCGCCCAGCCGGGAGCGCGCGUCCUCCGCGCGGCUUGGUGGGCCUGGGCCCCGGUCCGAGCCGGCCUUUUGCGCCUGGACCCGGGUCUCGGCCGCCAGGAACGAGGCGGCGUCGCCCUGGGAGGCGCUGCCACUGUGCUAUUCACCCACGCCGCGGCCUCAGAGGCGUCGGUACUCCAGUUCGCCUUGGGAAAGCCGUAGCCUGACCGACGUGGCCCGGAGGUCCCCGCUCCGCGCCAGGAAGCAGCGGCCCUGCAGCCGGCGCCAUGAAAAUACCUGGGGGGAGGCAGCGACCAAGCCCCAGCAUCUGGGAACAGGCAGGCACAGUCCUACCUGGCAGCCGCUGCAACUCCACCAGCCUCAGCCCUGCCACCAGUACCCUCCAGCCCAGGGAGACUCGCCCCCGCCAAGCCCUAGGGGAGCUUACACUCCCUUCAGUGGAACUUUUAGGGUAGAAAAAGUACAGAAUAGAAACCAGUGGCCAGUGUCAGUCGGUAGAGAUGUAGGUUGCUGGUCCCUUUCCUCAGUUCCUACAGAGAAGUCUUCUGUGCUUUCCAAAGUGAGUCCACAGUCAGCCUGGGUGUACCCCCGGAAUAGGGGCAGUAAUGAGCUGAUGGAGUCACUAACCAGCCAGUACUCUCAGUUGGAGAGGAGUUCAGAGCUAGUGUCCAGUGAGGACGUUCAGAGCCAGCACACUCAGCUCCUCAAGAACAAGCUGGCAGAGGUGGUGAUCUCCUCCAGGGACCAGAAGAUUGUGGCCCUGGUGCUGGCCCGGCUCCAGAAGGCCCAGAGGAUGCGGGAGCUCCAGCAGCAGGCUGCUAUUGCCUGGGAGGACCUGAAACGCUGGGACCAGAAGGUCCAUAUGACCCUGGAGAGGGAGCGCUGGCUGCUACUUCAACAGAGCCAGGAGCAGUGGCAACAGGAGAAGGAGCAGCCCAAGGCUCACCUGUGCCAGAAGCAGUGUGUCCAGCGGGACAGCCAGGUGAAGAACAGGAUCCAGAAGGAAAGCCCAUGGAAGAAGCAAUUGGAGGGCCAGGGGAACCAGUACCAGGGGAAGCUGGAGAGGACCCCUGCCCCCACUGAGCACAGGAAGCAGUGCCAGGUGCAGCAGUUGAAGAAGGAGGAGAGGUUAUGGGAGAAGAACCACCUGCAUCUGCAAAAGAGAUUGGAGAGGACUUGUCACAAGAAGCAUCUGCAUACCAUAGAGAACCUGAAGAAUGCCCAAGAGACCAACCUUACUUCCAUGGUCAAUCACCAAGCCCGUAAGGUCCUCAUGGACUGCCAAGCCAAGGCAGAGGAUCUCCUUAGGAAACUGUCCCUGGAGCAGAAGUCCCAGCAGUCCCACAAGACCCACCAGUGCCUGGUAAAGGAACAUCACCAAGAGCUGAGGGAGAAGGACCAGAAGGAGGACAAGCAAGUCAAAUGGCAUGCAGGGGAGUCUGAGGAGAAGAAGAUGCACAAAAGGAUGCUGAUGGAGCUGGUGGACCAAACGUUUCGGCAAGCCAAGACUAAUGCCCACAAGAACAUCAAAGACAAGGUGAAGCACAUUCAGGAUUUCAACGUCCUGCAGGAGAAGAACCAUCACAUUCUGAAACUGCAAGCUGAGAAGGAAGACAAGUGCCACAUUGAGGGCAUCAAAGAGGCUAUUAAGAAGAAGCAACAGAGGAUGGAACAGAUCUCCCAAGAGAAAGCAGCAGCCCUCGAGGAGUUCCAGAAGAUCUCCAGGACCUCUUUACAAAUGAGAGACAAAGUGAGAGCCCUUCACAACAGCUCCUUUCAUUGGAUGGCAUGGGGGCCCAGCUCCAUGCCAGUCAGUAGAGAGGGAGCUACUGAGCACCUGAGGACAAGUAGCUUACAGCCUAUGUGGCCAGAAAAAGAUGUGAAAAUGUGA